AUUGGAGCCGUGGGACCGAGUGGGAACGAGCCGCAUCAGUUUAUAGGUAAAAUACCAACCAGACAUCCCGGCAAGCAGCGGACUGAGCUCUCUUCCCUUUCACCGCAGCCCGAGAGCCAUUUUCUUUCACAUCUAUUUUUCUACUUUAGCUCCGUGCUGGACGGAUCUGCCACACAGGAUAUAUGUUCGGUAAAGGUGCGAAGCGGAAGCUGGACGAGGAUGAAGAGGGGCUGGAAGGCAAAACGCUGGAGGCGUCGGUGGCGGGAGGGGGACUAGGUGUCGGUCCGGAGGGUCUUUCCAAGGUGUCCUACACCCUGCAGCGGCAGACCAUCUUCAAUAUCUCCCUCAUGAAGCUGUACAGCCAGCGGCCGCUUGGCGAGCCCAGCCUGGAGCGCCGCGUCCUCAUCAACAACAUGCUCCGACGCAUCCAGGACGAACUCAAGCAGGAAGGCUCCCUGCGGCCGCUGCUCCUGCCGCCCUCACCGCCACCCGAUGACCCCAUGGAUGAGGGUUUCCGUGAGGCGCCACCAUCUUUUGGUGUUCUGUCCGCGGCAGCGAAUGCACAGGUAUCCCAGCCUUCUGCACUGUUGAUGCCGGUGAUCGCUCCGCCGCCUUCGCCCCACCCGAUGGUGCCUCCCAACUUCCAGGCAUCCCAGGCCUGCCCCAACCGAGUAGAGUCCUGUCCCGCCCCUCUUGAAGCCUGUCUCACUCCAGCCUCUUUGCUAGAGGAGGAUGGUGGAGAUUCAGCCUUUUGUGCUCCCUCCCCACCCACUCCUCCUCUGUCACCACCCCCGGCGCAGUCUCCCCCAUCAGCACUUCUGAGCCAGGCGUCCCCCGGUGUCCCUGUGCCUGUCUUAUCCAAUGACGGUUUCCCCUCCACACUGAGUGACAUGGAGUUGGGUCCUCCCACAGCCAUAACAAGGACAGCAGCAGCUAAUACUACGACCAUGACUACCUCCCCAGCUCCCACACCAACCACCCAGCCCCCACACUUAGCACCCCUCUCCCCAUCACCCACAGGCUCACCCAGAGACUGCAGGACCAUGGGUGCUAAACCAGAGGCAGCUGGUGUUUUCCUAGUGGAAGGCCGCUGUGCUGAGCUCCGGCCAAUGGACACGCUACCCACACUGCCCCCUGGUGGCCUAGUAGACAUUUCCUCCUCUCCUCCCUCCUCUUCUUCGCCCUCGGGGUUUCUCUCAGACUUGGCGUUGGACGAUGUCCUGUUCGCCGAUAUCGACACGUCCAUGUAUGACUUUGACCCCUGUACAACGGCCGGGGCAGUGGGCGUGACGGCAGGUGGUGGCCUCGCCAAACUGUCACCGGUGGUGACAGCAGACGACCUGUUGAAAUCGCUGGCGUCACCGUACAGCGGCCCCACCCCCCAAGUUUCAGCCAAUCAGCCUUUCAAAAUUGAUCUGACAGAACUGGACCACAUCAUGGAGGUGUUGGUGGGUUCGUGACUCGAGGACACCACCACCUUAGAAACAGAGACGGUUUAAUCCGGAGAACAGACUGGAAUGAAAAUUUGGGAUUGAUUUUCCUGGUUCUUGUUUUUACUUUGUUUAAAUUUUUUAAAAAAUCUUUUCAAAGGUCGGUAAUUGUAAACAUCGAUGGUGAUGUCAGUUAGUACUACUAUGACAACUACUACUACUACACAACACUGUGCAUGCACUGUGCUCGCCUUUCCAAAUAUGGAAAUGAAGUAACCGGGAAACAAAGACACACUUAGAUUUGUAUUUCUAUACUUGUGAGGACCUCCUUUAACUCCCAUCGUUUCCUAACCCUAAAGGUAAACCUAGUCCUUGUUCUGAUCUUUAACCUGAACCUAAGCCUUAACCCUGAGGAGUAACUGUAAAUAAAAGAAAUAGAAUUGUCCUCAUUCUGGACGAUUUUUGCAAUCAUUCUAUCGUUGUCGGGACACACACACUCCUCACAAGUACAGAAAUACAGGUGAACACACAUAAACAUGACACACACACACUGUAUUCAUGGCUUUUAGCAGAUGAGUGCCUUUCAAAAUGACCACUUAUUCAAUUCCUGUUUUUACAGUAUUUUUUUUCUAGUUCUUUUCACUUUAACAGCCUAGAGAGGUCACUCCUCAAUGUUUGUUUUUUUAAUUUAUUGUAUUGUAUUAAACCUAUUGUUAAGUAAGGUAAUUUCUCAUGAUCAAAUAAUAAUUAUUUAAUCUUUAUCUUAUUACAGAUGCUAUGUUUUAUUUGUAAAGCAAGCCUAAAAAAGGUUUUACGAGGAAUACAUUGUUUUACCAGUGUGCUAGAUUACAUGUAAGCUUGGCUAUAUAAUUACGCUUUGGGAGGAGCUCUAAAAACACGUCGCCAGGUUGUUUGUUGAACUCUUUUGGUAGAAGGAGAUGUCUGUUCUUGUAUACAUCAAGUCUAUGAAUUCACUUUGGGACUUUUUCCUUUCCCUUCCUUAUUGGCAGACACAUGUAACUGUGCUGGAUGCUAUUUUACAUGAGCUUGGUCAUAUGAGCUGGUUAUCACGAUUCAGUUACAGCAGAAUUCAAAUGAGCUACACCCACGGGAAAGCUUGACGUGUUUACAUUGGAAGCAGCAGCAGCGCUAUCACCGACUCAUGGGUCCCAGUUGGAUGUAGAUGAUCUGAAAAGUGCAACCUUAGCAGAGGCUUAGGGCUCCACACACAUGUUUAAUUUGGCCAUACAGGCCUCAAAACAAAACAGCUGUCACUGAUGGCAGGAAAAGUCGUUUGUGGUAUCAGUGUGACCCCAUACAUUUCUCAGAAUUACACAAAGAAAAGUGAAUAUUUUAGCAGGAAUACCUUAUUUUUGGUUUGGCUCCUACGGAUUUAGCAACUUGGGUGACAGAUUGCAGCAGGGCGUACAGUAUUACACAAACCCUGUAUUUGUAAGAGUAUGUUUACUUGUGUUUAGAAUAGGGGCCCUUACAUGCCAAAUCUCAGGGUUCUGCUCACUUCUUGUACAUUGUGCAGUACAGUUUUGAGGUUGACCCAAAAGCUCAUGUAUGUUUUAAACACAUGCGAGAGCAGGAGGGCUAAAUCUGUCUCGUAAAUAAUUUGAACACGGAUUUCCACUGAAGGAGGAAACCCAAACCACAGUGUUAACCUGAUACUGAAACCAUUCAAAAGACUGUGUUGUUUCAAAACACUAACCCCCCUGCAUUGGCCACUGUGAAACAUUUUUGGCACAAAAAGUGAUGGCUACUGAUUAUUAUCUGUGGGUUCAUCACGACAAACAACACAUUAAUCAUUUGAUCCAGUAAUAUAGAAAGUAUUGAUGAGUGCAGCUUUAAUGUUGACAUCUUAGACACUGUAGUAGCUGCUGUGCGCUGUAUCCUAUAAUGAUGCAUAUCUUCUACAUUUGACUAGCUAUUCACAGAAAUAUAUUUCUGGACUCUGAUAUAGUCCAGUAAUGCAGGGUACAUCACAUCACCGGUGGCUGUUAAUGGUUGAUUUUUCCAUCAAAGUCAUUAAGUAAUCCUAAACCUUUGUGUGUUUGCCAACACAGUUUUGCAGUGGUGUAAAACGGUAUGUUAAUGGUAUUUCUAGCAGCGUCCCAGCUCGUACAAACAUGGUAGUUGUUAAUAGGACAGAAUGCGUUAUCUGGAAUCCAGUCUGACUCAGCUCACUGUGUUAGCCAACAGCAGCAAGGACAGGGUGAGUUUAAAAGUUGUUCCAAUGGCAGAUCAUUAGCUUCCCAGUGUGCAUUUGACUUCAGUUAGUGUGUAAGAGACCUGCUUUUUAACUGAACUCAAAGCUGAGCGUGAGCCGAGCACAUAGCAGCACCAACUAAUACUGUUUGUAGACAACUGUGUCUUGUUUCUUUCACUAUGUUUGAAUUUUGGAGUGCUUGUUUCUUUUUUUUUUUUUUUUUUUUUGUCAAUGAAGUUAUUUAUUCAUAUUGUUUUUUUCUUUUCUGUGUAAAUAUAUUUAUUUUUGAUGUGAAGUGAUCAUUUGGAUUGUAAAUGUGUGUACAGAAUGUGUGGUAGGAAUGUACUUCAGAUAGGAAUGUAUCUGAGUGUGGAAUUAUGGGUGGAAGCCAUUUUUUUAUAUACAUAGGUAGUUAUAUUAUCUUGUUUAUCUGUCUGUUUGUUGCUUUGUUAUUGAUUUUUUGUGGGGUGGCGGCCACAACUUUUUACAUCUUUUGUACUCCUUUGUUCAUCAUUUUCCAGUUGAAGGCGAACAGUUCAUGCAGCAAUACUCAAAAGCCCUGUCUCCAACCUUCAGAUGUCAAGACUCCAAAGCCUGUCAUAGACGCUUCAAUGCCAAAUGUAAUGUACAUAGUAUGAACAACAUUCGAGCUCCUGAGACUUUUUUGAUCAGUGUUUGCCACCGAAUCGGUUUUAGCGCUGACCGAGUGUGCAGCGGUUUGAACUGCAGACAAGGACUGACCGCAGUUGAGGCUGAUUCCCUCUACGAAGGCUGUAUUUUACACAGACCUCAGAGCUGUGCCUUUUUCUAUGCAAUAGAACACAAACACAGAGAGAGAGAGAAACUAUCAGCUGAUCACUGUAUUGGGAUCCAAAAUGAGGACUGUGGAAUAUAUAUAUACACAUAUAUAUGUAUAUAUAUAUAUGUAUAUAUAUAUAAUAUGGACAGCUGUCUAUGAAUUUGAAACAGUCUUACUUUUGUAGUUUUAUAUAUAUAUAUAUAUAAAUAUAUAUAUAAAUAAUAAACUGUAAAAAGCA